AGAUGUCGUUCUUUGAAUUGCUAUCAGGCAUUUGAGCACAGAUGGACGUAGUAUAAAGGAACGUCAGUUUCUUCCGGCGGCACAAAGCCGAUCUGCUGACAGCUCACGAUGGCGCUGAAGUUUGUUGUCCUGGCCCUUGCCAUAACCACCGUAUCCUGCGCACCUGGAGCACGCCAAUCUGGAAAUGACCUAACACGAGCCAACGUGGACGAGCUAAGGGACCGCGUAGACGCGUGUACGAAGGGCGUCCCCGGUCAGUCACCUAUCGGCUCAUUCGACACAACCGGUGUUGACGACUGUAUCGGCGACGCCAUCACAUUUGUACGCAGGCGACGCAACGCUGACCCCAGCAAGGUCAUCACGUCGCUGCCUGAAUGCUUCCAAUCCGUGGGAGUGAAGGAGUCUGACAUCCAGCCUGUCACGCAAUGUCUGCAGACCAACAUUCCGCUGCCCUGGACAUACAUUGAGGGUAAUAAAUACUACACCCUGGUGGAUGCGGUGUGGCACCAGUUCGCCCUCCAGGACUGUAUCGACGGAAACGUUGACCCCGAUAGCAUCUGCACAAACCUGGCAUACUCCAACUUUGCCCGCGGAGCUGAAGUUGACGCCGUUGCCACGAAUCUAUCUGAGUGCCUGGUGAGAAUCCGCGCUGACAAAGACGAUGCGACGCAAGCUCUCCAGUGUUUCAGCUCGGAAGCCCACGACCCUGCCGUUGAGGCCCGCGCGAAAGAGUACCUCCAAUAUUGAAGUCGUAUUUUAAGGCACCCUGCCCUCAAUGAUGUAAAACGAUGUAAAAGAUUUAAGAUGGACGUCAGCACUUAGUUUUCUUCACCACAUGGCUUAUCGCUUCUUUAAAAAGCAAAUGCCAGAGACGUGACACAAAACGAUACUGUCAGAAAUUGUUAAUCUGUAAUAAAGUAAAAUUGAGUCGAA